UUUGGAGACCAAACGACAAACCUCAGUCAUCCUUUUGGUCUGUGUUCGGGUGUGCUGAUAUGCGGCAACAACGAUGAGCCUUCACGAUUCGAUGCUGCCGGCGAGCAUUCUGGCUGCUCUCCAGCUGGAGCUCAUCCGCCAGCGCCAGAGCGAUGUCGCCCAGUGGCACAUUUACAAACAGACACGCACAGACCACAACAAUCGAGCUGCUGCUGCUGCUGCUGAUGCUGAUGAUGCACCGCCGAAAAUCUUUGCCAGCAUGGUCGACCGCCCGUGGCUGAAACCUCACCCGCUGCUCCGCCCGGGGGUUGCCGCCCUCGCCAUGCAAAAGCGCGCUGCGGCCAUCCGCGAUCGAUCGGGCAGCGCGGGCCCGACUGCGACUGCGCGCGUGCGGUCGUUCGAGGAGGUCGCGUCCAUCGCUGCUCAGACCGAGUAUUUGGCGCCAAAUCUUGUCUCAGAUUCUUUCCCGCCAAAUCCAGCGUCAGAGUCCUCUCUGGGCGUUGCUGCUGAUGAGCCGUCGAUCGCAACGCCACCGCUCUACACGUUGUGCCUUGUUCACAUUGCGCUGCGAAUUGAGAUGCCGUGCAUCCGCGAGGCAAUCCGUGCACAGCUACCAGAAGUGACAGCCAUGGACUUGCUGAGCGCGGGGCAAAUUAUUGCUGCCCAGCGAACGACGCAACGCGCGCAGCAUCCAUCGCAAAGAGCAAAGACAUUCUACAGGCUGGCUCCGACAAAAUCCGCUUCUGAAUCGCGCUCAAUGGUGCAGCUGUUCGCCAGCAUUUACCCGAGCAGCGUCACGUCGCUUCGAGCUCGCAUUGCGCACCCCAGCGAGCUCAAAAUGUUCAAGUGGAUGAUCAGUCUGGACCUGACUGACUGCAAGCUUGGAGAUGAGUCCAUGAUGGUGCUUGGUCGCGACUUUGCAAGACUCGAAACGCUUGCUCUUCCUGGCAACCAGCUCACAGACGGUGGGGUGGCCUUGCUGGUACGAAGCACGCGUUUGCAACAAGGUCGCAAAAGUGGCAUUGAAGGCCUAGAUGCCCUGCGAUGGCUGGAUUUGUCGCGAAACAGCAUCACGCCGGCUGCGUGCCAGCACUUGCUCGUGCUUUCCAGUUUGGAGCGCGUUGGCUUGAGCGACACAAAGUGCACAAAUGCGACUCUGCCACCCAUGCCGGGUUUACUCCAGGCCGACGCCCGCUCGAUGCAUGUGAUUGCCGGAGACGGGAUCUUUCCACUCUGUAUUCUCAAUAGCGGAUGGGCGAUAUCCGAAGUUCCAGAGCGUGCAAGCCCCGUCGAAGGAGCGACGCUGAGCCGGCCCGCCAUCUCGCUUGAGCUGGUUUUAUCGCGAAAGCCCGCAUCCACCGCACCAGCCGCGCCCACGUCCAAGCUAGUAUCGUCGUCAAGUACACUGCGUCAACGUGCCACGACGACCCCUUCAGCUGUCAGUGCAACCGACUUGCUGGCUUCGUUUGCUGCGACUGGCGGCUCAAAGAGGACACCCGACGCACCAGACCCUGAUUGCAACGUUUCGCGUCCGUCGCGGGUGAAUCCAUUUGCACAGAUCAAGCCAUCUCAGCGUUGAUUCUGUGCUCUUUGACUCUUGACCAGCUGUGCCGCGAGCUCUUUAAGAGGCGAUCUGUUCUUGCUCACUGAUGGAGGCUCAGAGUUGAUCAGCUUGGCGAUGCAG